CUGGGCUCACGAGUCGCCUUUCCUGUUCCUGCGGCGCUCUCUUCCCGGCCGGGAAGGGGACGGGCCAGGGCAGGGACGGGACGGGGGUGGGCAGCGCGCGGGGGCAGAGCGGACCUGAUCAUGACCCCCGCGGGCGCCGAGCGGCUGCCCUCCCGCGCCGCCCGGCUGCUAUCCGCGCUGUUCUAUGGCGCCUGUUCCCUGUUCCUCGUGCUGCUCAACAAGGCGCUGCUGACCACCUACGGCUUCCCUUCACCAAUUGUUCUUGGAAUUGGACAGAUGGCAGCCACCAUAAUGAUACUGUAUGUAGCCAAGCUGAAUAAAAUAAUUCACUUUCCGGAUUUUGACAAGAGAAUUCCUGUAAAGCUGUUUCCUCUGCCUCUCCUCUACGUUGGAAACCACUUAAGUGGAUUAUUAAGCACGGGUAAAUUAAGCUUGCCGAUGUUCACCGUGCUCAGGAAGUUUACCAUUCCACUUACUCUACUCCUGGAGACCAUCAUACUUGGGAAGCAUUACUCCCUGGACAUCGUGGCCAGCGUCUUCACCAUUGUCCUUGGGGCUGUCGUGGCAGCUGGUUCAGACCUUGCUUUUAACCUGGAAGGUUAUAUUUUUGUAUUUCUGAAUGACAUCUUCACAGCAGCAAAUGGAGUUUAUACCAAACAGAAAAUGGACCCAAAGGAGCUAGGGAAGUAUGGAGUGCUUUUCUACAAUGCCUGCUUCAUGAUUAUCCCCACUUUUAUUAUUAGUGUCUCCACUGGAGACUUCCAACAGGCAACUGAAUUUAACCAGUGGAAGAAUGUCCUAUUUAUCAUACAGUUUCUUCUUUCCUGUUUUUUGGGGUAUCUGCUGAUGUUCGCCACGGUUCUGUGCAGUCACUACAACUCGCCCCUCACCACAGCCGUAGUCGGAGCCAUCAAGAAUGUGUCUGUUGCCUACAUUGGAAUGUUAGUAGGUGGAGACUAUAUUUUCUCUCCAUUAAACUUUGUAGGAUUAAAUAUUUGCAUGGCUGGAGGCCUGAGAUAUUCCUUCUUAACACUGGGCAGGCAGUUCAAGCCUAACCAAACUGAUGAGGAAAAUGUCCCGCUGGAAGUGAAGAGUUAGGUGCUGGGGCAGAAUUGCAGCCUGACUUGCAGACCAGGCAUAGGGAGGGCAUUCCUUGCCAGAAUUACACAGCCAGAGGUUUCACUGUUGGGACCCGCACUGCCCUGGUCAGAGCACAAAUGGGAACCUCUGCAAAACACAACACGACCUCUGUGCUAGUGCGUGGUGAGCUUCAGGGGCCUGAAGAAGGACCUCAUGUGGAGCCUGGCUGGCCGGAAGGAAGCAACACUUUCAGAACAAGCCCUGGGGAUGGCAGGAGAGGAUGUUGGUUCCCACCUGUGCUGUGCCAACCUUUGCUGCUGUGCGCUGAAGAGGAUGCCAUGCAUGAUCCUAAGGCCUCAGCAUCUGGCCUCAUAGCAAAGGUGCCACCACAGCAAGGUGCUAUGAUAACAGCUUUAUUUUUUAGUUUCAACAAAUAUGUUUUAAUAAAAUUGGCCCAUUAAUGGCCAGGAGAGUCAUUUGUUAGCUUUGUUAUAAGCUAUGCUGGUGUCUUUCUCUAAUCGUCUGAAUAGAAUAAAGUCAUUUCUAUGAAUGUC